CUUUAUGAUCUUGUAAGUCUGGUGAUUUUAUGACGUAUUCUAUCUUCCCAGGAUUGAGCCUCAUUCGUCGGCAUUGGUUAUGCCAGACCUACAACAGCUUGGCAAAACAGAUCUACAGUGCAUUAGCGUCCGCCAACUUGCGGUCUACAGCGCUAUUCCAGCCUGUUAAUAGGCCCCUGUGGUGCAUCACCUCCCCCGAAUCAAGAAAAGGAACGUUCUGGUAUCCCAUGACAUGUUGACGUGUAGUUGUGCAGGAAGAACGGUCUGAUAUUGAAGACGCAAGCAUGCCGUUAUCCGAUUUAGAUGAAGUGUAUAUAAUAAGGCUCCAUUGUCUACUUCUUCCUUCAUUACUUAAACGUUGACGAAUCUCCGUAGGUACAUUGAAUGCGCUAUUGGUUACUGUAAAGUUCCCCUAUUAUAUUCAUAUCACUACUAUACUACGUCCUCACCAACAAUAUCUACAAUGGCUCGAACCAAUGCCACAUCGCGCUUUGCGCUUCCUCCAUUCUUUCUCGUUUCGAACGCCCUCGUAUGGAUUAGCUCUAUAAUUGUGAUGGGAAUUACUAGCUACUUCAUCAGUGAAAGCUCGUCUGUUGGUAACCAUAUAAUCUACGAGGAAGUCAUUUCCGUCCUCACUGUUGCAUUCUUCCUGGCCUCCUUCGUCCUUGGCACAUAUCCAGGCUACACUCUCAUAUUCAACAUAAUCUUCUCCUAUCUCUGGCUCGUUGUAGUUGUGUUCACCGCCGAGGAUUGGAGUUCUGAUUAUGCUGGUGCACUGGCUCACACCGUCGAAGCUUUCAGUUUCAUCGCCUUCUUCUUCCUCCUUUUCAAUGUUGUCUAUGAUUGGCACUUCUCUUACCGUGGUCACGUCCGCACUACAUCCGUUGUGUAACCACUUGAUGCAAUUGGAUAUUGAUGAGGUAUGAGGAUUGAAUUACGACAUAUUUAUAUGAAAUGUUAGCCUGGUAAUAUGCUUUGAUGCAAGAAAAUGAGUUGGGGAGCGAAGCGGACAUGAGCGCAAUGAGUAACUAAUAGUCAUGACUUAAGUAAAAUAAGGA